GAAGCCACUGCCGUCUGGCUCUAUGGUUCAACAGUACGUUGUGGAACUUGCGAGAAGACAGUUGUGUUGAACUUAUCUGUGAGCAUAACUGACAAAGCGUGCCCUUGCGUACUGUGUUACAAAACAAAUUCAUUCAGUUUACUGAUUUACUAGCGAGUUACAUACCUACUGGAGUACUGAAACACAUUUUAAACAACGUUUCACAAUUGAUGUUUUGAGACAUCGAAUUAUGGUGGCAGAGUUUGUCGCCCGGCAGAGUGGAUCGCCCAUCAAUGGUGAAACACCGUCCUUGAACUCCAGCAUGCCUAGCAGCAACAGCAAUAGCAGUCUCGGGGGCGUCGGUGGCCAAGACGCCUCCCUCCACAUGGGAAUGUCCCGCCCCGGGUCGCCUGACCCCGACAACUUUCCGCCGGGUUACGACUUGGCGGGUCAUCUGAAGAGAAAAGAACUCUUCUCACAACGGAAACAGCGGGAAUUCAUCCCAGACAACAAGAAGGACGAGAGCUACUGGGAUAGGCGACGUAGAAACAACGAGGCAGCGAAGCGGUCCCGCGAGAAGCGUCGGUUCAACGACAUGAUCUUGGAGACGCGUGUUGUGGAGCUGAGCAAGGAGAAUCACGUGCUAAAGGCUCAGCUGGCAGCUAUCAAAGACAAAUACGGCAUAAGCGGCGAGAGCGUGGUGAGCGUGGAGCAGGUGAUGGCUACUUUACCCACGAGCGAGCAAGUACUCAGCAUCACCAAACGGCCCAAACUUGCCCCAAGUGGCGGCGCCUCUUCCCCUCUUCUGUACCAUCCGACACCGAGCCCUAUCCCCACUUCCGUCAUUCACCAGCCCGUAAGCACGGGCAUCGGAAGUUCCCCACCCCCACAAACACUCCACCACUACCAGCCACAACCCCUGACAGGACAGCUACCUCUGCACCACCAGCACGAGCCCAACUACUCCGAUCCCGACACAUACGCCUAUAACUACCCGCUACAUUCACUUCACCCCCCACCCUUCGAAGGGGGUAACGGUAACAACGUCCUGAACCUCAGCAGAAGUCGAGGGAGCCGCAGUCGUGCUCAGUCACCUUUUGAACUGUCGAGCGGCAGCGGAAGUGGAGACGAGAACUCUGUGCCUGGUCCCGUGGCUCUGACCACAGGGCCCAGCAGCAGCAGCAACAACAACAACAGCAACAGCAACAAUAACAAUAACAAUAACAACAGUCUGCCCCACAAAUUGCGACACAAGACUCAUCUAGGCGAUAAAGAUGCGGCCACAGCCCUCUUGUCUCUGCAGAACAUAAAGCAGGAACCCGGGGUUGGGCACGGAGUGGGGGCGCGCGCUAGCCCUCCCUGGGACGCUGAGGGGAGCAGCGACGAACGUGACUCUGGGAUCUCUCUGGGAGUGGAGUGGGCUGGACACUCGGCAGUGCCGUGUGGCUCCGUGCAGUUGCCACAGAACCAACUGCCAGUGUCGCCAGGACCCAGCGAACCCGUGGAGUGCGGCUCAGACGACACGCAGCUCAAGUCGGAACUCGCUCGCCUCGCGACGGAAGUGGCGAACCUCAAGAGUAUCCUCACGAGGAAGAAGAACGCUUCUGCAAAUCCCAGCCCUACAGCCCCAGCGGCCCAGCCAUAGUGAACAGUACCCACAUUUGUGAAGGAAAGUGCAUUCGCGUUUCGUGACAGAAUCUGAUAAAAAAAGAGAACAUUUUGUAUUUAUUCGUUAAUUAUUGACGCACGGAAAAUAAGCGAUUAUAAGACUGUAUUUUGUUAAUAUGAAAGAAGCCAGUGGUGACUGUAAAACUUCACAACUUCUGUUUUAUCAAGUUCCGAUAACACACUGUUGCGCUGUUUGCUCCUUAAUUAUUUAAUCUCCCUACAAGUCAGUUUCUGUGACACACGUGUAAUUAUUUUUAGUUAGUUGUGGCAUAUAUUUUCACCCUUUAGUCUACAUGCCUUUUGCCCCAUGCUAUCCACUUGUUGCCGUCCCACAGAUCCAGUUAAAUGUAAACAAAAGUCUGCUGGCAUCUUCGUCUGCUCAAAUAGGCCUAUUCUGUGUGUUGUUCUCCAACAUUUCUACUGCUUGCAGUCUCUGUCUGUUUGUAUUCACUUAAAUGUAAUGAAUGAAUAAAUUCCACGAUUUGUCAAAUG